AUGGCUCCGAAGCCUCCACCGUUGGGGCCUCCACCGCCGCCUGGUCCUCCGCCUCCACCAGUUUUCGGUGCACCCGCGAAAGGGGGCGCCGAUAAUAGGGGUGCAUUACUUAAUUCCAUUAGGCAAGGAACGAAGUUGAAAAAAACAGUGACUGUUGACAAAAGUGGACCUUACAUACCUGGCAAAGUGUCAACUGUUUCUAGUGGAUGUUUAUCACAGGGCAAUGGAGUCAAAAGUAGUACACCUAUGUCGAAUGGUGGUGGAGCUAUUGGGCCAGGGCUUGGGGGCUUGUUUGCUGGUGGUAUGCCAAAGUUAAGGCCCACAGGAAAGUUGGCAGGUACAACUCUCAACGGCCAGGUGAAAGCAGACAUCCCUAGAUCCCCGUUACAGCUGCCGCAGGCGCAGCACUCGCAAAGGUCAUCGCCGGAGAAGAACAGGCCCGUUCUACCUUCGCCGUUGCCCAGCAACAAGCUGGGGGCGAUAUCGGCGGCCUUGUGCGAGGCUAUAGCCAGCCGUGAGUGCCAGGGAGACUCUCCGAGGGAGAGCAGGGAAACACCGCCCCCUAGGCCAAUGGUGAAGCGGCAGCCCAGCGAAAUGAAGACCAGGGGACCACCCCCGCAGCCCCCGGUACAGAAGCCAGCGAUGCCUUUGAGUUCAUCCGAUUCGGUGCUGACAACACCCGGCGUGGAACGCUCGAACAGUUUGCAGACCUCGGAGCAGAAUUUGCCACCCCGCGUGGCCUCCACGUUGCAUCGCAACAAAAGCUCACUCCACUCCGCUGCCCAGGCCUCGCUUGGCGGCAGUAUGACCUCGCUGUCGUCAGCGCCCUCGACGCCCACCCCGGCGGCGUCCCUCUCUACGUCCGACCUCUCGGAGCGCGCGCGGCCCAGCCACGGCAAGCCGAACCUGGCGCCCAAGCCGCCCGCCCCAUCGCCGCCGCCCAAGAAGCUGGUCGUGAACGGGAAGGUCGCCGCCAGGGCGCAGAGCAUGAGGGUGCCGAGGUCGCCGCCGGUGUCGCCACCGUCGCCGCCCAGCGCUCCGUCGCGGCCCCCCCAGCCGCCGCCCGCCAACCCCGCGCCCCACAUCGCCACCAAGAACCCGGCCUCGCAUUUCGGUACAAUGCGGGCGGCGCGUGCCCUGCGGCCGCCGGGCGUUUGCCCCCCUCCGCCGCCGGGCGCCCCCCCCCUCUCCUUCUCUUUGCCGCCCCCCGCGCGCCACGCCUCGCUCGCCGCCCCCCCGCCGCCGCCGCCCCCUCACCACCGUCACAAUAGCAUAACGAGCACCGGCAGCGAGGAGGGCUCCGCGCCGGCGCCGCCGGUGCGCGGCUCCUCGAUGCGCCCCCUCGACCUGGAGGCGCGCUACGCGGACAUGUUCCGGCCCCAGGCCAGCUUCCCCAUCCCCGACCCGUUCCUGCGCAUCGCCAAGGACUACAGCAGCGCCGCGAUCGCCGGUAACGAAGUGGUCGUGAGCGAAGUGGGCGUGAGCGAGGUGGUCGUGCGCGAAGUGGUCGUGGGCGACGUGGUCGUGAGCGAGGUGGUCGUGAGCGAAGUGGCCGUGAGCGAAGUGGUCGUGAGCGAAGUGGCCGUGAGCGAAGUGGUCGUGAGCGAAGUGGUCGUGAGCGAAGUGGUCGUGAGCGAAGUGGUCGUGAGCGAAGUGGUCGUGAGCGAAGUGGUCGUGAGCGAAGUGGUCGGGAGCGAAGUGGUCGUGAGCGAAGUGAUCGUGAGCGAAGUGGUCGUGAGCGAAGUGGUCGUGAGCGAAGUGGUCGUGAGCGAAGUGGUCGUGAGCGAAGUGGUCGUGAGCGAAGUGGUCGUGAGCGAAGUGGUCGUGAGCGAAGUGGUCGUGAGCGAAGUGAUCGUGAGCGAAGUGGUCGUGGGCGAAGUGGCCGUGAGCGAAGUGGCCGUGAGCGAAGUGGUCGUGAGCGAAGUGGUCGUGAGCGAAGUGGUCGUGAGCGAAGUGGUCGUGAGCGAAGUGGUCGUGAGCGAAGUGGUCGUGAGCGAAGUGGUCGUGAGCGAAGUGGUCGUGAGCGAAGUGGUCGUGAGCGAAGUGGUCGUGAGCGAAGUGGUCGUGAGCGAAGUGGUCGUGAGCGAAGUGGCCGUGAGCGAAGUGGCCGUGGGCGGAGUGAUCGUGAGCGAAGUGGUCGUGAGCGAAGUGGUCGUGAGCGAAGUGGUCGUGAGCGAAGUGGUCGUGAGCGAAGUGGUCGUGAGCGAAGUGGUCGUGAGCGAAGUGGUCGUGAGCGAAGUGGUCGUGAGCGAAGUGGUCGUGAGCGAAGUGGUCGAGCGAAGUGGUCGUGAGCGAAGUGGUCGUGAGCGAAGUGGUCGUGAGCGAAGUUGUCGUGAGCUAAGUGGUCGUGAUGCGAAGUGUGUGGUCGUGAGCGAAGUGAUCGUGAGCGAAGUGGUCGUGAGCGAAGUGGCCGUGAGCGAAGUGGUCGUGGGCGAGGCGGAGCGGUGGGUCGACGCCUGCCCGCCGGAGGUCGAAGCGGCCGUCUCUGACGGCGAGCAGACGGCGGCGUGCUGCGAGCCGCAGAGCGAGAUGUACUACACCGCCUCGUCCGAGGUCUCGCUUCUGUCGGAGGCGGAGGAGAGGCCGCACGGGGAGGGGAGGCAGGGCGUGGUGGCCGGCCACGUGGCCGCCAUGAGGGAGCGCUUCGAGAGCAUGACGCGCGCCAACACGCCCUGCCCGGACCUAGACGCGGUAGGGCACGCCACCCCUUCGCCCGACCGUCUAGACCGGGGCCUCGAU